CAUUCGUUCUCCGAACGUAAGCUUGUAAGGUUGUGGAGGCGUCUCUUAUCAGUAUUUAUCGCGUUACGAUCGUGUUUCGUUAAGUUGAUAAAAUUUAAAGUUUUUCAUCAACGCAGUGAGUUCUGAACAUUUUCCGUGCGUAGCGCCAAGUGUUUAGCUGUGUUGCAUAGUGAGAUGAGUUUUGAACUGUAAUAUUUGUUUAAGCAAAGUGGACAGUGUUUUUUAUUUUCGGCUAAUAAACAACGAAAAUUGUCCGCAUCCAGGGCAUCGUGAACGCUCGCAGUGAAAGUUAUAUUCACUGUUUUCGCAGUUUGAACUUCUAAAAGUCAUCGAGAACACAUUACUAGGCGGCCGACCGGAGUUUUCUUUUUAGAGCAGUUAUAUAUAAUUGAAAAAGUUGUGAACGCCUAUGGGAGGCACGCAGCUGGGAAGUCCUUCAGCUGUGUGAAUUAAGUUAUACCAAAUUUAUCGUGGAUUUAUACUGCAAUAUCUAAAAGACGAUUACAGAGUUCGACGUGAAGAUGCAUUUCUGGAACCGCUAAGUCGAUUGCGUUUUGAAAGACGAUUUUUGGCUUUAUGAGGGAGCGGAGGUCUUUUCCAAUAAGUAGCGAGGUGGCGCUCAAUAAUGAUAAAGAUGGAACCGGGAAAAGUUUGGUAGUGAACACUGUUUUAUGUGGUGUCGUCGAUGAACUGUCCAGUGCGAGAAAUAGACGAGGCUCGUGGGUUCGUCAGGCGGUCAUGGGAGUGCUACGGUGGAAGGAUCUGACCGGUAUUCGGACCAGUACAACGCCCGACCAGAAAGAGGUUACCCGGCCGGAGAACCGUCACUCGGUGCCCGUGGGAAGUUCCACUAGAGACAAACAGUAUUCAGGACUUCCACUAUCUCCAGCGGUUGCUUGUCAGGCCAGUCAGAGGCUCCUGGAAGAGAUUCUUUCGAAGCCUGGAACCCCACCGACCAUAGUUCUACCUCCAAGUGGAGGUUACUGGGUAGACGGAGUUGACGAUAGUCCACAUGAUGGCGAGGAAGUCGCGCCAAGGCCGCAGCCUGGGACCCCGCGGCAGUCCAAUAGACGGCACAACAUCGACACCGAUGAAACCGCCACAUACUACAGGAGAUAUUUCCUUGGCCAGGAGCAUAUUAAUUUGGUAGGCAACGAUCAAAAUCUGGGACCUGUCGUCAUGUCUCUGAAGAAAGAACACAUAGCUGGCCAGGAACAGACUAGAAUACUUCUGAGGCUUCGAACAGAGACCAUGCGAGGAACCAUACCCACUGGAUCAGGGCCGCUUUCUUCCCCUCUAAGAAUGGCGAAAAUGCUUAACGAAAAAGUUAAUGUGGACAAUUUCAUGGCUGUCACUUGUCUGAACGCUUCAUCGUUGAUAGCCGCUUUUGAUGAGCGCGUGUUGAACGAAAGGUUCAAGUUUGGAGUUCUCUACCAGAAGUACGGACAGACUACAGAAGAACAGAUUUUUGGGAACAACGACACGUCACCGGCCUUUGACGAGUUUUUGGAGAUGCUGGGACAGAGGAUCAAGCUGAAAGAUCACAAAGGUUAUCGAGGAGGUCUUGACGUGACGGGUCACACCGGCACUGAGGCAGUCUACGAGCAAUACCACAACCGGGAGAUAAUGUUCCACGUGGCGCCACUGCUACCCCACACUGCCGGAGACGCGCAGCAGCUGCAGAGGAAACGACACGUGGGGAACGACAUUGUAGCCGUCGUCUUUCAGGAGAAGGCGACUCCGUUCACACCGGACAUGAUCGCCUCGCACUUCCUACAUGCGUUCAUAGUUAUCACGCCAGAGUUCGUGGAUGGGGAGACCAGGUACAAAGUGGCCGUCACCGCACGUGUGGACGUACCAUUCUUCGGGCCGACUCUCCCGCAGCCGUCUCUAUACCGUAAAGGAAGAGAAUUCAAAGACUUCCUCCUAACGAAACUGAUAAACGCCGAGAACGCUUGCUUCAAAGCCGAUAAGUUCGCUCAACUGGAACUCCGGACUAGGGCGUCGCUGCUGCAGCACUUGUGUGACGACUUGAAGAGUAAGACUAGCGAGUUCAUGGGCGCGCCGGCGAAGAUCGAACCGGGGGCCGUGUCGCCGAAACCGGACGGAACACCGAAACAAGAAGGGCCCGGCUCUAAAUUCAUCAUAACCGUAAAGAACGUGCUAAUAUCGAAAGUAAAAUCACCGAGUGUAGACACGAAUCUCUCAGGCGAUAACAACAAGAAUUACGCGAACAAAAACAAAUUCAUGCCAAACGAGACUCACACUCCGAAUAGCGGUCGUUCGAAGUCAUCUAUAGCGUCGUCGUCGGCGAGCGCAGUGUCGGUUCGUUCAGCCGGUGGGUCCGGGGAGUCCAGUCCGGAUGUGACGUCACGAGCCGCCCCUCCGAGACCGCCGCUGAACGACCACAGCGACGACUCCAGCCUCAACUCAGUCGACUUGGAUCCGCUUGACGACAAAGACUGGCUGACUUGUGGUAAAACAGCAGGCGGCGUAUACGUAGACAGCGACACCGGUCUGGAGUCGAUGUCGUCUGCGGAGGCGGGUGCGGGGUGCGGGGCGGGCGCUGCGGGGGGACGCGCCGACGGAGCCGCACCGCCGCGGGGGGACGCCGACCUACGACAAGAGGUCUGCAGGCUCAAGAAUGACAAACUGGAUCUACUCAAGCAGAACAUUACCUGGCAGAAUGAAAUCAAGAACUUACGCGAAAGAGAAAUAUCUCUGCAAGCCGAGUUGGCCGCCGCGGCGAGGGAAGUCCGAAGGCUCAGAGAGCAACAACAGUCACUAAGCACAACCAUCCCGAACCCUUCGCCACACGAUUCCACGGCCUAAUACGAACUUUGAGCCGAAGCCGCAAGGCUCAAAUUAACAAAAUCAACCCAACUCAAAAGGUGACGUGAUUAUUUAUUAGAUCUGAUUGUGAGAAAUGAUUAGUUUAAACUGAUACCUAUAUUAUUAUUGUCGUAGAAUUUUUUGAAAGUCGAUCAUCGUAAUAGAUAAAUAUAUCGGUGUCAAAACUUAAUAAUAUUUAUAGAUACAUGUUGUUCUCUCUUCUGUGUUGUGUGAUUCAUGUUAUAGAAAAAUAUAUCGACUUGAUUUCUGGCAAUCUUUAUAUACUUAGUUCAAUGUUUCAUCAAUAGAUGUCGUAAUAUUUCCGAAUUUUAAAAUUGUAUUCUAUGAUUGUCUUUGCGUAAAACUAUGCUUCGAAUACAAUUAUAUUAUAUUGUAGCUCGUUUCCGAGUACAAGAAAAGUAUAUUAUAAAAAUAAUCUGUAGCAUAUGUAGAGAGAAUGUGAUUCGAAUCUUUUAUAUGUUGUUAUACGAAACAAGAUUGUUACUAUGUCUAUAAUCUAAGACAAAUGCUUUUUGUAAACGUUGUGAUAAUUAAGCUUACUUCAAAUUCAUGCCGUUUAAAAUUAAAAACCCAACAACUUAUACAAAUAUUAUAUUUUGCACUCACACUAUUAUCAAAUACGUUUUUAUUCACUGUAAUAUUUUAUGUAUUUUGAAAAGACCGCUUGUGUUCUUCAACUUUUAUUCUCGACUGCGGGAAUGAAGACAGGUUAUAUUUAUUAGUUAAGAUCCAUAUAGAAUCUUGAUUUUUACCAAUAUUUCAAACGCUAUUACUGUUCCACUACACACUUCAGUUUUCCUAAAAUGUAUAUCACGCUCAUAUCUACAAAUACUAAUUUAGAAGAAGCGUAGUUCGUUCAUUCAUAGUUCAUUAUUAUAAAUUGCGAG